AGUCACACGUCUAUACCCUUUACUGCGGUCAGUUGAUGCCCUCCCCGGGCUAUGCGAAGGUUGGCUCUUUCCCUACAUAAGAGCAGUCGACCUUUAUAUAUACUCCGACUUCGGUAACUUAGAAAGUUUCUGAAAGAAAUACUAAACGGUAAAUCUCAGCCUCUAAUAACUUCUCAAGAUGGAGACACCUGAAAAUCGAGACGAUGCCCAACCAUCGACUGAGUCGACCUCGGUCGAAUCUUUAUUCAACCUGGACAAGUACUUCCCUUCCUGGUUCGACACCUUAGACUGUUUCGUACUACUGUUGGCAUACGAGACGGUUCUCGUCAUAGGCGAAUUCAGCGCUAUUCUCGCUUACUUCUUAUUUACGAUCUUCGUCUUCGCAGCCUCAGUUUAUAAGCCUACUACCAGCGAAGAAGAACCAACUGCUGGCUCUGAACGUGAGGCUAAAAGCUACAGCCUUGGAAAAUUCAGGGAUAAAGAAUUUUUCGUGUUCAUCUCACUGUACUGGUGGUGGACACCUUUAGUCAGAAUUGGGAUAUUCCUGUACUGUAGUCGAAGAGGUUUUGCAGAGGUGAUUAGAAAUUUAGGUGCGAUUAGAAUGGCGUGGCCGGAUCUCCUCAUUGUGGCUGGAGUUGAGUUGGAUUUUAAGCUGGAUGCCCCUGAACCGGUUCUGAUCAGUUUCUUCAACGAGAAGAUCGAACGUCUGUGGCCAUACGCUAUCCCGUCAUUUGAGGAAUUCCUGAAGACAAGAUUCCAACCAUCCCUCAAGUCCAGGCUGCAGUUGCGAUCGACAAAUAUCCUUCGAAGACCUGAAGGGAAGGAAACUUUUCAGGUCUUGUCUGCCAAGGUAGUCGACAGGUCUCUGAAGAAGAUUGUGAUCGACAUCGGUUUCAUAUACUGCGGAGACUACUGUGGAUUUGCCCUGUGGCCCUCUGGAGAAAAAUUAUAUUUCCGCUCUUUUCAGGCGAAUGCAAAAUUGCGCUUGGACCUACGAUAUGGCAACUGGACAAGACCUGAAGAAAUGGCUCUCAUGGGACACAAUGUUGACACUCUUCACAGAGUCAUCAUUAGUUUGAAGAAAAUUAAUAAACUGUAUACAUGGAGUGAUGAAAUUACACAAGAAGUUUCAAGUCCCUUACAGAAGAGGUUCCUGACAGGUGUCGAAGAUGUCAUUCACACUUGCUUUCCUUUGGAUCUGACUUUGGUAACAAGUACCACAGGACGAGCUCAGCAAACUCGUCCAACAUUGCCCAUAAGGCGCCCUGAAUCACAAGCUAUACCUGAUAUCAUACAAAACAUUCCCACAACAUCAUCGACAAGGCUACCUGAGAGAAGAUUACCUGGUGGUUACCUAGAAGAUGUAACUGCCUCAAGCCAAAGAUUGGAAGCGCAAGAAAUCCUCCAUCAUACUAGCAUCCAUAGAGCUUCAUCUUCCGCCCCUCAGUUACAAAGGACCUGCGAAAAUGCAUCAGCAGAAGCGAGGGAUACACAUGGACAAGAAAACCAUGAUAAAAGAGCAAGCGCACAAUUGACCAAUGAAGCAACUUCAGUUCUACCAUCCAUUAACUCCGAACCUGUGUUGGCUGUUGAUCCAGAGUUAAGAGAAUCAAUGACAAAGGAUUUAAUUGCUGGCACACAAGUAGCCACAGCAAAUGCACCCUAUGGAACUAUAGAACUUACAACAAAAUUCCAAAGUCCUCGCUCUCUUCUUGUCAGCAUUCAUAAAAUAAGAAACCUACCGAAGAGAAAGGGCAGGACACCACAGCCUUAUGUAAAAUUAGUUCUCCAUUCCCAAGACGAAUCUGAUUUUAAGGAAUCCACAGAGGUUCUGGACAAAACUACUGAUCCUGUAUUUGAGAAGAGCUUCAGAUUUCAACUUAGCAAACCACUUUCUCAAUAUACUUUGAAAGUAACAGUGAAGACAAAACACAAGCUUUCCCAUGCUUUAGCCCAGGUAUUGUUGUUCUUCACUCCAACCUCGAGCAACACAGCAGAGGAAAGAAAAUGGUACGAGUUGAAUUCACCAAAAACAGAACAAAUUCCUCAUGAAGUAUUCUAUAAAGAAUAAACAGUCACUGAGCAAUGUUCAAAGCAAAUACGUAAUGGAUACAGAAGAGCUGUAAACCUCUUUCAAGAAAAGAAUGUGGAAUAAUAUGUAAACAUUAACAUGUUGCUACAUGAUGCAAGAAGGGAAAUGACUACAGUGCCCUGUAAUGAUAGGUUGAGAAUUAUGAACAAUCAUUUCCACCAAGAGCCUUCAUGGGUCAUGAACACUGCUACCAAUACAUGAACACCUAACAAGGCACAUUAAACAACUUUCAAGAAUACCCAUAGUUUGCCAACUGUAUGGAAUAUAUUUUCUAGCAUACAAUAAAACAAGACCAAGUCAUGCUUGUAAGCUUUUGUAAGACUCAUCUGAAGGUGAAAAAUGGUUCAGGAACAUUAAAAUAAUGCAGCUGAGGAUGUACAAAUGGUGCAUUUUGUAGUGCCAUCUACAGUGCUAGACAGUAACCCCCUACAGUUAUAUGAAACAUGAAAGCAGGAAGCUAAAACUACUAAAGGAGAAAGACAUCUCAUGACCAAAUGUCUGUAGUACAAAUCUACAAACACCAAAACUGCAGUCACAUUAUACAAAAAUAUUAAAAGGUUUUCUUAUAUUAA